CUGAAUCCAAAUGUGAAUUCUCUCUCUCUCUCUCUCACACACACACACACACAAUCAUUGUCUGCUCCUUUUUAUUCAGCGGUGUGGCCCAAUCAUCAUCAGCACGAUCUUCCUCUGCAACUCACUCGCUCUUCCCCAUUCUGCCACCGUCCCCAAAAGUGCCAAAACACUAAGUGACCUGUUUUGUUGGUUGCUUUGUUUCUUCUUCUUCUGAUUACAAGUGGCUUCUCCCCAUUCAGUUACAUUAACAUAACCAAUUUAUUUGCCUUUUUGCUCCCAACCCACCAAGUUCUUUGUGUCCCUGCAGUUGCCUCCUUCAAGAAGGAAAAAAAAAAGGGAAGGGUGUUGCAAACUUGCAAUGAAGGAGUCUGUAGACCAUUCUUAUCCUGUAGGUCCAACCAAGAUUCCAUCAGAAAAUACACCUAAAGAAGUGCAACAAGGUGCAUGGGAGGAUUUAUCUAGAUCUGAUCUAUACCAUGUUUCAUUUCAUACGGGCUUCUUUUCUAGGUCAUUGCCUGUUCUGUUACAUGAAAAGUUGAACUUAAGCGGUGCUGAUGGCUUUAAAAAGUCCCAUCAAGAUGUAGAUGGGAAUGGUUUACUUGAGGAUGCUGAUACUUGUGUGAUAGGAACCAUGCUUCCAGAUGAUGAGGAGGACCUUUUAGCUGAUUUUGACCUAAGUGGUUUGCCAAACUCUCUCGAGGAUUUGGAGGAGUAUGAUGUUUUUGGUAGUGGUGGAGGUAUGGAACUGGAAGCUGAUCCUCAGGAAAGUCUUAAUGUGGGUCUGUCAAAAUUAAGCUUCUCUGAUGGUCAUGUUGCCAAUGGUUUGCCCUAUAAUUCUUUUCUUAAUGGUGGGGGGAUUGUUGCUGGAGAACAUCCAUAUGGAGAGCAUCCUUCUCGGACAUUAUUUGUUCGAAAUAUUAAUAAUAAUGUGGAGGAUUCAGAGUUGAGAGCUCUUUUCGAGCAAUAUGGUCACAUUAGGACUCUAUAUACUGCAUGUAAACAUCGUGGGUUUGUUAUGGUAUCCUAUUAUGACAUCCGUGCUGCUCGAACAGCCUUGCACGCAUUACAAAACAAACCUUUACGACGCCGGAAACUUGACAUUCACUUCUCAAUACCAAAGGAUAAUCCAUCUGACAAGGACAUCAACCAAGGAACCUUGGUAGUUUUCAAUUUGGACCCAUCUGUUUCGAAUGAGGACCUCCGUACAAUAUUUGGGGCAUAUGGGGAGGUCAAAGAGAUACGGGAAACGUCUCACAAAGGCUAUCACAAGUUUAUUGAAUUUUAUGAUGUGAGGGCUGCAGAAGCAGCACUAAAAUCAUUAAACAGGAGUAGCAUAGCUGGGAGGCGAAUAAAGGUGGAACUUAGCCGGCCUGGCGGAACUCGUCGAAAUUUACUGCUUCAAACAAAUCAAGAGCUUGAUCAUGAUGACAAGCUAAGUUUCCGACAUCAGAUGGGUUCACCUGUGGCCAAUUCUCCACCUGGUUACUGGUUGCGGUUCAACAGCACCGUUGAAAAUAACUCAUUUCAAACUAUAAGUGAUUCUCCUGGUUCUGGGAUCAUGAGUCCAUCAAUAGGAAACCAUUUACCUGGAUUAGCUUCUGUUUUGCACCCUCCACUAUCCAAUGCCAUGAAGGGUGUAGCUAUUGGGAAAGAUUUAGCAGGGAGUCAGCAUGCAGAGCAUAUAUUUGCUAGUAGUAAUUCAUCGCAUGGAGAGACAUUUCAAUCUCAUUCUCUUCCAGAACCAAAAUUCAUCCCAUAUAGUGGAACUUUGUCUUCUUUUGGUUCAUCUCCUUCAAAUGGAUCCUCGGUGGAAACCUUAUCAGGAUCACAAUUUUUAUGGGGAAGUCCGAACUUGUACUCACAGGACAUCAAACCUUCAGCUUGGCCAACACCAUCUGUGGGGCAUUCAUUUACAGCAAAUGGAAAUAGCCAUGCCUUCCAAAACCCUGCUCAAGAGAGUUCUUUUAUUGGUUUGUCCCAGAAUCGUCACCAUAAUCAUGUUGGCUCUGCUCCAUCAGGUUUUCCUUUUGAGAGAAACUUUGGAGUCCUUUCGAAGUCGCCUGAAACCUCGUUUGUGAACCAUGUUGGUUAUGGAGGCAUAGGUCUGGGUCACAGUAAGGGGAAUUACAUGGUUAAUAUGGGUGAAUCCGUUAAUGCUGGCAUCACUAUACCAAGAAAUAUGUCUGAACAUGGUUCGCCAAACAUUGGAAUGAGAUCAUCUCCCAGACUUAGUCUUGUGUUUUCGGGUAAUGGUCCAUACCCAGGAUUGCCACCUACUACUACUACUACUACUACUACUACUUCAGUGUUUGGUUUCAUGGACCCUGGGCGGAAUAGGCGCAUAGAGAACAAUGGGGGCCAAGCUGAUAGCAGCAAGAAGCAAUUUCAUCUUGACUUGGAUAGGAUUAAAAACAGUGAAGACAGAAGGACUACCUUAAUGAUAAAGAACAUCCCAAAUAAAUACACCUCAAAAAUGUUAUUAGCUGCUAUUGAUGAAAAGCACAAGGGUACCUAUGAUUUUUUCUAUCUACCAAUCGACUUUAAGAAUAAAUGCAAUGUGGGAUACGCAUUUAUCAACAUGCUGUCGGCAUCGCACAUUAUUCCAUUCUAUGAGACAUUUAAUGGGAAGAAGUGGGAGAAGUUUAAUAGUGAAAAAGUUGCAUCCCUGGCAUAUGCACGAAUCCAAGGAAAGGCUGCAUUGGUGAACCACUUCCAGAAUUCAAGUCUGAUGAACGAAGAUGAGCGGUGCCGCCCAGUCGUUUUCCAUUCACAGGAUCCUGAAGGUGGUGAUAAGAUCAUACAAGAUUAUACAAGUGAUUCGACCUUGGAGACAAAAUAACAUUUGCCAGAUGCAGAGUUGCAUGUAUAUUUAUUUAUUUUGCCAGGAAGCUUUCAAAAGAAAAAAGCUCUGAGCAUUUUGGUUGAUUGAUUUGGACAGGAGGUAACAAAGGCUUUAAAA